UGUGGGUCUGUGAGAACAGGAAGCCUUGGGGCAGAGUCCAAAGAAGCUGUAAUUAUCUCCUCUCUCCCAAGCCUGGCGCGCAGGUGAGCGCAGCCACCUCGGGGCCCCAGGUGCGCGGCGGCAGGUGAGCGCCGCGCGGUGCUCUCGGCCAAUGGGCGAGCGCGGGGCGGCGGCGGGGCGGAGCCUCCAGUGCGGACCGCGCUCCAGACCGCGCCCAGGGCGCUCCACUAGGCACCGCGCGUCCUUGGCAGCUUUCCCGGCCCGAGGAGGAGGCGGAGGCCGUGGCGCUGGCGGCUCCAGCGGCCUGAGCUCUGCGCGCUCCCCGUCCCUCCCCCAGGGCCUCCGGCGUUGGGCUCCGGAGAGAAGGGGGUGGAAGCAGCCCCAGCCCGGCCGCUGCAGUAGCGGCGCCAGGUGAGUGCGGGAGCCGCAGAGAGCGAGCGCCCCCCUGGGCGGCCCUCCUCGUCCGGGGCAGGAAGGGACGAGGAAGACUUGCCCAGGAGCCACCGGAGCCGCGGGGCGCCGCGCGGAGCAGCCCCGAGUCGACCCCCUCGAGUCGCGCCUAGCGUGGGCAUGCAGGCGACACCCCCCCGCGCCGGGCUGCCCCUGCGGAGCGCGGCGAGCGCUCACUCGCGCCCGGACCAGGGCGGGAGAGAGUGCGGAGCGGGGAGCGAGCCCGGCCGGGUGAGCAGCAAGGGCAGCUACGACUUCAGGCGGGUGGCGAUCCGGCGGAAGUCCAAUGUUGCCUACCUGCUGCACGGGACCCCCAGACCCUGGAGUCGGCCCUCGCUGCACCCGGGAUGGGCCGAGACGGCCGCCUUCAGGACCCCGUCACCCGCGGGCACCACAGGUGGCAGUACCUGUCCAAAGAUCACUAUCAUUCCACCCUUUUUGAAAAGCAGCACAACCGCACUGAUUGAUCAGAAUGUAUCUGAUGAAGAGGCUCAGGGAAUAAAUGGAAAAACGCCAGCAAAACACUCAGCUGCAAGUCCAAAGCCACAAGUGCCUCCAAAGCCAUUACAUCUGCAGAAUUCACCUUUGUCCAGUAUACACCCAACCCCUAAGCAUAAAGCUUUAUCUAGUGCAGCACCCAGGAUGGAGGAAGUUAAACCUGCCUCUGCUUCUUGUGUCUCAAAAGAAAAAUCCAGUAAAAUAUCAGAUCUCAUCAGUCGCUUUGAAGGAGGCAGCACAUUAUCAAGUUACGGUGAUUUGAAGAAAAAUUCAGCUGUGAACCUAAGUGUUCCUAGAACCACAGGAAGGCAUGGAUUGACAACCACACCUCAGCAAAAGCUCCCCUCCCAGGACCCACCACAGAAGCAGGGAAAUGAUGUGGAGCCAACUCAGGGUGUACAAACUUGUGUGGCUAACGGUGUGAUGGAGGCACAAAACCAGGUGGAAUGUGAGGAGGACAAAGGGGCCACUGGUAGCCCAGAUACUCCUACUCAAGCUGCUGAACCCUUGCUUGACACGAACUUAGUGAAUGGAGCAGGAGACGAAAGUACCACGGGCCCCGCCUCACCCACAACAAAUGACUGUGAUGGAAAUGCUUCUGACAGCAGCUGCAGGACGCCCAGUGUGGACCCAGCCCUCCCCCUGGAAGAAGAAAGGGCAGACACAGACGCCAAGGGUCAAGAGAAGGAAAACGGAGAAAGCUCUUCGGAACUGGAACAGCUGGACCAGCACCAGGAGAUGAAGGAGACAAAUGAGCAAAAACUUCACAACAUAGCCAAUGAGCUGUUGCUUACGGAAAGAGCUUACGUCAACCGACUUGACCUCUUAGAUCAGGUAUUUUAUUGCAAACUAUUGGAAGAGGCCAAUCGAGGCUCAUUUCCAGCAGAGAUGGUGAAUAAAAUCUUUUCUAAUAUUUCAUCAAUAAAUGCCUUCCAUAGUAAAUUCCUAUUGCCAGAACUGGAGAAGCGAAUGCAAGAAUGGGAAACUACUCCUAGAAUUGGUGACAUCCUCCAGAAAUUGGCACCAUUCCUUAAGAUGUAUGGAGAAUACGUGAAAGGAUUUGAUAACGCAGUGGAAUUGGUUAAAAACAUGACAGAGCGUAUUCCCCAGUUCAAAUCAGUAGUUGAAGAAAUCCAGAAACAGAAGGUCUGUGGGAACUUGACCUUGCAGCACCACAUGCUGGAGCCUGUUCAGCGGAUUCCUCGGUACGAGAUGCUCCUGAAGGACUACCUGCGGAAAUUGCCCCCUGACUCUCCAGACUGGAAUGAUGCGAAAAAAUCACUGGAAAUUAUAUCUACAGCAGCAAGCCAUUCUAAUAGUGCAAUAAGAAAAAUGGAUAACCUAAAGAAACUCUUAGAGAUUUAUGAAAUGCUGGGAGAAGAGGAAGACAUUGUAAAUCCUUCCAAUGAACUAAUAAAAGAAGGACAGAUCCUUAAACUAGCUGCUCGGAACACAUCAGCACAGGAACGCUACCUUUUGUUAUUCAACAACAUGUUGCUGUACUGUGUGCCGAAAUUCAGCUUGGUGGGCUCCAAGUUCACAGUUCGGACCAGGGUUGGCUUAGAUGGAAUGCAGAUUGUGGAGACUCACAAUGAGGAAUAUCCGCACACUUUCCAGGUAUCUGGGAAAGAGAGAACACUGGAAUUGCAAGCCAGUUCUGAACAAGACAAAGAAGAAUGGAUCAAGGCCCUUCAAGAGACUAUCGAUGCUUUCCAUCAGAGGUAUGAAACCUUCAGAAAUGCGAUUGCAAAGGAUAAUGACAUUCAGUCAGAGGUUUCUACUGCUGAGCUAGGGAAAAGAGCCCCAAGAUGGAUCCGAGAUAAUGAAGUAACGAUGUGUAUGAAAUGCAAAGAGCCUUUCAACGCACUGACAAGGAGAAGGCAUCAUUGUCGAGCAUGUGGACAUGUGGUUUGUUGGAAGUGUUCUGAUUACAAAGCUCAUCUGGAGUAUGAUGGUGGUAAAUUGAGCAAAGUUUGUAAAGACUGUUACCAAAUAUUAAGUGGAUUCGCAGACAGUGAAGAAAAGAAACGAAAAGGGAUUUUAGAGACUGAAUCAGCAGAAGUAUCUGGAAAUAGUGUGGUGUGCAGCUUUCUUCAGUAUAUGGAGAAGUCAAAACCUUGGCAGAAAGCUUGGUGUGUGAUCCCCAAACAAGACCCUCUUGUGCUGUACAUGUACGGUGCCCCGCAGGAUGUCAGAGCCCAGGCCACCAUUCCACUCCUGGGCUAUCUUGUGGAUGAUAUGCCAAGGAGUGCAGACCUGCCUCACAGUUUCAAACUGACCCAGUCCAAGUCUGUGCACAGCUUUGCUGCAGACAGUGAGGAACUGAAACAGAAGUGGCUGAAAAUCAUCCUUCUAGCUGUCACAGGUGAGACACCUGAUGGUCCUAACAACCAUUCAGCUACCUUGGACGAUAACCCUGAACCUAAAUAAAAAUCAGAAUGCUGAACUCCAGGACCAACCACAGUGUGGGGGUCUCAAGAUUCACCGCUCAAGACAUUCCCAGUUCUCCUUACGCAUCUCUUAGCACUUUAUGUUGAGAAGUAUAGGCUCAUAAAUGUAUCUGGUAGGGGACUAUUUUUCCUAUGUUUGUGUACUCUGGUGAAAUUAAUGUGGAGAGCCAUUCUACCGAUAACUUUUGGAAAUAAUGUGAAAAAUGGAGCAUUUUUUUAAUGAGCUAUUUCUUGACUAUGUACUUUUGUCUUGGAGAAAACGGUAUCAAUUGAUUAUGUCACUAUCAGGUUAGAAUAGGCCACUUUCACUUAAGAAUUAUUUUAAUGUCUUCCCUUUCACAUGUAAGACUUGUAACAGUUUGAAAGAUAUACCUCCAUGUUGCCAAAAUAGAUCCAUGGUUAGAAGAAUUACAAGGACAGUUUAGGCUGUUGUGUUAACUUAUUUAAUUUAGUGUAUAAAGCUCAAGCUGCAUAAAUAAUGUAUGUCCUUUUAAAACAGAAAAAGGACAGGUUGUUGGUGUUCAAACUUUCGACUUAUUAAGAAAAGAUAUUUGUUUUUGUAGAAAUACUCCUAAAAAUAAAAUAUCUUACGUAUAUAGCAAUUAUGUAUAUAUAGUAUUAAAUAUGAAUAUAUCUAUAUACUAUACAUGCCUUUCUCUUCAGCUUUAGGUUCAUAUUUGUCUCUAAUUUAUUUUUAAAAUAUAAAGCAUGUUUUAUCUUGGAAUUGGACAUGUUCUAAACUUAAUGUUUUUGGUGAUAUACGUUUAACUGAUUGACAUCUAAAGGUAUUGAUAUUUUUAUAAGAAAAAGCAGUAAUUUAUGUGGCAUGGGAUAUAUUAGUGAAUUCCAACCGUAUUUUGAAAGUACUAUUUUUUUUUGGUUCUGUGCCUAUUUAAAACAGUGCCUCUCUUUGAAGGUGCUAAUAAUUUCUAUUUAAAUAUAAGGUGAGGGUUUAAUUAAUGCUUCAGUCUUGCUUACUCAGAUAAAGUGCAUUUUGGUCACCAGAAUGGUCAAAAUCAUACCGGUUGUUUUUCAUUUUAUGAUCCUCUAAUUGUACAACAGUUAAUAUCAGUAUAUACAAAAAUCUUCACAAACCUGGAUUGUGCAAAAUACCUGACCUUAAGCAGAAUUGGGACAUCAGGAAACUGCAUUUCCUGUACUGUUUUUUUUUUCUCUAAGACUGUUGAGCAUGGUUAAAUGAGGACUAUAUAAUUAACUAGAGGCGGGAUCAGGCAGAAACAGCUCUCUGACAUCCCCUGAGGGGUCCCGGAUUUCGAGACAGCGCAGGCCAGGCCAAGGGACCCCACUGGUGCACAAUAGGGGCUGGGAAGGGACAGUGGAAGGGCUCCAGGGUAUAUCCGGCCUGUCUCACCCAGUCCCGAUCGGCAGAAACCCAGCAGCAAGCGUCUACCGGUCAGAGUGUCUGCCCCUGGUGGUCAGUGCGCAUCAUAGUGACCAGUUGAACAGUCGGAGGGAUAAUUAGCAUAUUAGGCUUUUAUAUAUAUAGAUACUCAAGAUAUCUGUGUCGGCCUGUUCCUUUGUCAGAUAUAAUACAAAAUUCACAAGUGAUAACCUAUGUUUGAGAGGGCUGGAUAGAUAUUAAAGGAAGUUUAUGUUCAAUUCUUUAAACCUCCUCAGUAAAGAAUGGGGGCGGGGGGCACAGUAUUGAAAAGCAAUGUUUUAAUGGUAGGUUUUGGGGAGGUACAAGAUAAUUGAAGAGAGCCUGAGCAUUCCUUUCUCGUUUAUCUUUCUGAGGAAUCAUAGUAGACAAAAUAUAAUUCCUUGUGACUAAGGCUGCUCUUCAUUAUAUUGUAAUUAUGAUUAAAAUCUCACAUUAAGCUGGCUAUUUAACUUAACCCUUUUCUCUAACUAGAUCUGUUUUUUUGUUUUUUGCUUUUGGGUUUUUUGUUGUUGUUGUUGUUUUUACCCUGUUAUGCCUCAAAUGUUAUCACAUUUAAUGCAUCGUCUAGAGAUCCACAAGAAUGACCUCACUAUCCUCUGCCUUUGGGGAUUACACCUUUUUGAAAAAUAUGUAUAUUAUUAUUGAUUUCAGAGAAGGGAGAGGGAGAGAGAGAUAGAAACAUUAAUAAUGAGAGAGAAUCAUUGAAUGGCUGCCUCCUGCACCCUCCCUCCCGCACUGGGGAUCAAGCCCCUGUCUGCAGGCUGAGCUCUAUCCACCAAGCCAAACCAGCUAGGCCUGCGGAUUACACCUUAAAUGUAGAAUAGAUUUGCUCAGACUUGGAGAUUUUCACUCAUCUAUUUAGGCCCUCUUAAGAAAAUGUGAAACAUUUAUUUUUCUGUGAAGGAGCAGAUAAACUAAUUAUGGCUGACAUGAUUGGGUUGCCUUCUUCCAUGAAAGGAAUACCAACCAUGAUCAUUUACAUUAAACCAAAUACUUGGAGCCAAAAAAAGAUAAAAGGUAACUUGUUCCUAGUAAAUCAGGGGCAGACUUAAAAAUAUUUUAUAUUGCUUCUCUUUUCUAGUUGCCGUGUGUGUGUGUGUGUGUGUGUGUGUGUGUGUGUGUACACAACAUGUGUAUUCAUGGGUGGUUAUUGAGAAGGUUAAACUAUAGCUAUAGAUGAUGCUUUUGGUUUUCUUAAUCUCAGGAAGAGAGAAGCAAUAAAAAUAUGGAAUGAUUACCAGGGGAAGGUGACUUUUGUAAAUGUGGAUAGAACAAUGGAAAUAUAAGGGCCAAUUAGAAGAUCUGUUGGCCAGAUUAUUUUGAAAACUGUUUUGAGCAGCAGGAAGACUACACUUUCCCUUUCAGUGAGUUCUUCUGGAGUGGAAGUCGUGGACAAAUUUUGGCUCAAUACAUAUCUAUGUUAUUUAAUUUAGAUUAUUGAAAGAAUAUUCAUGAAGACACUGUUUAUUAUCAUGCUCUUAAUAUUAUCUUUAAUUUGAUAAAAAAAAGAAAUAUUAUUGUAAGAAGAGAACUUUUAAUUAUCCAGUUACCAAUUUCACUCCCACCCCUUGUUCUGUAGCCAAGCACAAAGAGAAGCAAUGAAGCAGCCUUACCUGUUUUUGGUUAAAUAAUCACUAAUGCUUUUAUUUGGAGAAAGGCAAAGGAAUAAGCUUAGUCAGCCAUUUAGUAAGCACUCAACUAAACCAAAAGACCUCAAAGUAUGAUUGGUUACAAGAAUAACUUACGUCUUUUGCUUUCUGAGACACAUGAGCAGUCAGGAAGGAUUGAACCUAAGAAGGUAAUUGGUUGCUUUCCUAUUAAAGCCAGCAUCCCAUCGUGUAGGUCUUACAAUUUGUUUUCUCUAAGUUGGUGCUUUCCAACUCAUCUUUUCUUUAAAGUUAAAAAAUAUUUCUUUGCUAAAAACUUCUGUUCAUUAUAAAACAUUCCAAUUUUUUAAACUUAAAUUUUGCUUUAUUGAAAUUCUACCAUUUAGGAUAUUUAAGUAUGAAAUGUAGUGCAGACUGAUCUCCAGGGUUUAAGUGGGACUCAACAAUGAAAACUGCCACCAGCCACUUUUGUAAUAAUGGCAUCUAUCAUGCUGUCAUGUAUGCAAGCAAUAAAACUCUUCAGGGUAUGUUUUUAUACUGAAAUCUUAACAUGAAUGCCCCUAACCACAUUCUAGAAGAGAAUUCACUUCUAGAAAUGAUCAUGUAACUCAUUGCCUGGUAUAGAAAAGAGAAAGUGUGUGUGCUUGGGAGUCGGGGUUGGGGGGAGUGGGCAUUAUUCUUUGGAUUCAAAUAACUAUCAAAACCAUUUUACUUCUGCAAUGGGUAUGGAUAAUGAAACAAAGCACAUCUGCACUACUUUAUCAAGCAACAUCUCAUUUUUCAUGAAGUUUAAUAACAUACCCUUGGUGUACUUAUCUUCACUGGGUGACCUACCCCCAUUUUUUUAAAUACACCAUUUUUUAACUUUUUAAGAACUAGUUUUUUAAAUGUGCCCUGUCCCCAUCUAUAGACAAACAUUGGAUUUUUUUUUUAAAGAAUAUUUGCUGUAGUCCUCAGUAUAUUACAAAAAAACAACAACUUCAUAGUACUUCAGGGUUAUUAAGGAUUCAUUAAUGCCUUCUAAAAACCUUAAAUCAAACAUACUUCUUCGAGUUUACAAUUGCGGUUUACUUCUUUUUGUCUACUCUGUGGAACAGGGUCUUUAAAUUCCUUUAAAUUUUAGAUCUCAAUUCUGGUUCUAUUCAAAGCCUUACAUUCUUACUCUGAGUAUAUUGUCUGUGGUAGCUCUGAUAAUGAUCUUUCUGGGCUGGAUCCAUCCCCAGGAAAAGGCACCAAUAGGAGCAAAUAAACUUCUAGGGAACAAGGUCUUCUUCAUGUUUUCUUGUUUUUGUUUUUGUAGUUACCUUUGCUCUAAUAGAGAAGAUUAAUUAAAAUUUCCUACAUCACGUGAUGUUUGUGUGAGCGGGUCUAAGCACAUGGUAUUUAUAAGCUAAAAUUAAUUCAAAAGACAAGAAUGUCUUAAUGUUUUCAUUGUUAAGAUUCUGUAUUCUUCAAGAAUGUAUUAAUAUAAAAACUGUGGCUAACUAGUUCUGAUUCUCAGGACUGGAUUGAUAUCCGUAGUGGACCAUGUUAUUUCCUUAUUCUCAUCCAGUUUUAGUUGAAUCAAAUUACUUUUAUUUUCAUAUUCCUCUCUACUAUAGAUUCUCCAGAUUUGGAAAAUAUAUAAAAACCACUAGAUCUACUUUUAAAACUCUUUCUGUGAAUUUCUGAGUAUAUGUAUAUAUGUAAAAAUAUUAUUGAUUUCCAAUUCUGUUUUUUUAUAGGAACAAAAUUUUUAUAGAAACUGUUCUUUUUAGUUUAAAUAUUUUAACAUAAAUUACUCCCAUGAAUUUUUAGUAUAGUUCAUUCUUAUUUAUGCCCGUAUCCAUGUCAUGAGAUGAAAACUUUGCUUUUUUUACUGCUAUAGUAGAGAGAAAUAAAAUUAGGAACUGAAGCAAGCAGGAAUGAGCAGAGAGGUGGGCAGCAGAAAGAGGCUGCUGGUCUCCAGAUCAGAGCAAUAUGUGUUAAGAUAAGAGAAAAAUACACUGCAGAAGGUAUAUAAAAUAUAAAUUUACAUAAUUGCAUAUUGAUGGGAUUUAUUGCACCCCAGACUUUCACCUUGACCUCUAUAUCAUUACUUUCUUUUUCCUUUAGGCUAUAAAAGAAAUAAAUUUAUUCUAUUGGGCCAUUUUUAGUGCUGUUUACUGAAGUAGAAAGAAAUAUCCCUUUAAAGUCCAUCCUGGUCUUUUACUUCUGGACUGAACAUUUGGCAGAAUAUAGUGUCUUUUCUGUGAUUUGAGACGAAAUAGCACAUGCCUCGACAAGAUCAUUUUUAACUUGUUGGGGUUACUGAGUUACCCAAUGGUUAUCCCUUUCUAAAAUUCAUUGUAGAUUGAAUUAGUGAGAUUAGGUAGAUUUAGUGAAAAUUAAUUCAAGAAAUCUCAUUGUAGCAUAUUUUAAUAAGUGAAUACCAAAUACAUAGAGUGAUAUAUAUGUAGUUUUGGGGGAGAGGCAUAAUAAUCUGUAGGGACCAUUAUGAUAACUGAAUUGCAUUAUAUGUUAAGCAUUAUAUGGAUGUUGGAAUGUAUCACUUGGGGGGGUGGGGGGGAGGGUCUCCAUUAGCAAUCAUGUCUGUAUAUAAAACUAUCUUCUGUUUUUAUUUUACCAAACUAGCAUUUCAUUUUGUGAGUGACAGUUGACUGAUAUUUUUGAGUAAGUGUGAUCUGGUUUUGAAUUGUUGACUGAUCAGUUUGAAAAGGUAUGUUAUCAGAAUUUUAGAGUUAACUCAAAUGUGAAAAAGUAUACAUAAAGGUAAUUUUUCUUUUCUAGCUAUGUGAAUGUAAAUAUGAAUGCAGAUAGUGUAUAUAUUGUGUAACAUAUGUAUAUUUGGUCACAAAGGUGGGGAAUCAGAAACAUUGUAAAAUUAAGCACUUUAAUUCCUCUUAAAUAUUAAACAUUUGUAUCUUGUAAAUAAAUACAUCCUUAAAUGAA